AUGAAUCAGUUUCAAACUAAUCCUAUUCCACAAUACUACAGAGGAAUUGGAGAUAAGGAGAAUAUUUAUAAAGGGUGUAACCCCCAGCCUCACAAUCAGAAGAGCAAUAAAAGGUUUCAGGGGGGAAAGAAAAAGGAAUUUUCUCCUAAGAAUUCUUUAAAAGACAUAAACAUUUGUACAAAUUUUCAAAUUCAGGAAGGAAAUUAUACUGAUGAAAAUACAAAGUUUCGGGUAGCGAAACUGGAAAAUAAAGAGAUUGAAAAUUUUUACAGCCAAAAUCAGACUGGCAGUACUACCUCAAAUUCUACAAAAGCAGCAUCUUUGUUCGAGAAGCUGAACUCGGUAUUCAAAGCUCAAGUUGAUUACACUAAUAAUCCCAAGCCUAAAAGAGACAGAAGUAACCCUCGUUGGGAUGACAGGAAAUAAAGUUGAAAGAAUAGUUCUGAAGCAAAACAUAGCAAUACAAGAAGGAAGGUUUGAUCCAGUUCAGUAUUUUGGAGGAUAUACACCUGAAGAAGUUGGCACAGGGAUCAUUAGAAAAGUUAUUUCUCAAAUAUUCCAUCCUCCUGAAGAGCCAAGAAGUAGUGAUCCUUCUCCAGAUGUUGAUAAAGAAUUCAGUAAUAUAAUCCCUAAAAUGAAUAAAACCAAGGCUUCGCACUCUCAAGCAGAGCUGGAUCCUGCAAAAUGUCCUAGCAUGGCUGAAAUUUCAAACUCUCUCCAGUCAAGCCAGUCUCGUAUAAACCAGUUGGUUAAUAAUUUGCAAAGUUUGAAAUGCUCAAUGAAUCCAAAGGAUAAGGCUAAAUGAGGACCAUCUCAGACAAACUCUUACCUCAACUAUAACAAUCCUAAGUUUAAAUAAAGUCAAGAAGCAUAAAUCUGCUCUUUGGAGUAACACAGAAAGGAGCAAUAAUGGCAAGAAGGUCCGACAAAAUUGGGUUGGGGAGUACUCCAAAGAGAUUUCCAGUUCUAUUCAUCAGUUGAAGAGCAUCUCUUCUCUUUGUAAACACACCAUCAGCCAUUCAAACCAUGAUUCCUUGUAUAAGAAUAUAUCAAGGAAAAUUGACUCCAAGAAAUUCAAGACAAAGCUGAAAUUGUGAGGCUCAAACGACAAAUCAGGCUAUUCCAAGGAUGCCAAGAAAUUGCUAGGGGAGACUUCAAAGAACUGCCUUACUAUUGCCAAUGAGUUCAGAACGGAGAGACCACUGAAGAAAGUCUCUCAUAACUCGAACAAAUGCAGUAAAAAUUCUAGCUACUCCAGGCUUAAGAAUGGUCCUUCCUUUAUGAAAGAAGGACAGAGUUACCAUACUCUCUUUGAGUUGGAGAGGAAUAAGUAUCAGGAAUAUCUGGACAAACCUAUGAAAAGAUUCUUGCCAUCUGGAAGAGAAACCCCAGUCAAUGAUAAAAAUCAGAGACUAGGAGCUCUCAAGUCCAGGAUUGAAUGAGCUAAAGCUAAGAUUAAGUCUUCUACCUCUGUCACAAGCUUUGAGAAAAAUUUCAUGCGGAAUAAAUCAAGAAGCAAGAAGAAAGCAACAGACCAAGCUCCUGAUGGUAGACUUUCAAAAAGUACAAAGAGGUCAAAGACUCGAUCUAAAAGUAAACAUUCUAGAUCAAAGCAAAGAAUUAAGAGCAAAUCAAAACAACAUCUACAUCCUCUAAGUCACCGAACGAACUCGGUUGACCAUCAGAGCAUCAAUUCGACAUUAGAUUUUGUAAAUAAGAUGAAGAAAGAUCUCAAAAAACUAAACCCUUCGAAAUUGUCAAGGUACUUCAAAAAGUGAAAAUCCAAAGCUACCAAAAACUUGCAGAUGAAGAAUACUACUAGCUUUAGAAAAGGAGGGAAAAACAAACUUGGGUUUGGACAAAGAACAAGCUCUAUCGACCUUCAGAUAUUCAGAUAA